AUGCUCUCCUCAUCCCCCAUCUUCUCAACCCCCUCCCCCCGUUCUUAUCAUUCCCCCUCUUCUUAUCCUCCGGCUUUCUCCAUCGCUGCUGGAGAUGAACGCGUGUGGGUCCAGCCACACUCUGCCACUGUUUCUCAGGCGCCUUUUACCUCCCUCCCCCCCGCUCUCCCCCCUUCCCCCUCUCCCCUCUCCCCCCUUCCCCCUCUCUACCCUUCCCCCGCUCCCCCCUUCCCCUCUUUCCCCUUCCCCGUCUCCCCCCUUGGCCUCCUCCCCGUGGUAGCAUGGCUGCAGGAGAAGAGCGCGUGUGGGUGCAGCCACGCACUGCCACUGCCGCAGCUGGCAACGCAGCGCCUGCACCACCUCCUGCCCGCCCUGCCUGCACGUGCUCUCAUCGCAGAAGCAGGGAAUGGACGCACAUCAGCUGAGCAGCAUACGAGAGCGCUACUACUGCCACUGACUGCACGACUGGCGGCAGCAGGGGUAGCGGCGGCAGCAGCAGGAGGAGAAGCAGAGGCGGCAGUGCGGCACGGCCUGUGGGGAUGUCUCCUUGCUCACUGGCACACCCUGCAGCACCUCGCUCGCGUCCUCCCCGACCCCGCCACCCUGCCUCUCUCCACCGGCCUGCUCUUCCACCUGCUCUCUCACGCCUGCCUCUGCGCCAUGCCACGCUCCUCCCUGCUCUUCCUCUUCCAACCUGCCGCACACCGCCCCAGUCAGCAUGUUGGGGUGGUGCAGCAUCUCUUCCCAAUCCCCCAUGUCCAUGUGAGCGCAUGCUGCCCCUCUCCCAUGCCGUGCCACGCCAUGCCUCGCGCCGCUCCUCCCGUCUCUUCCUCUCGACUGGUGCCAGCCUGA